AUUCCAGUGUGCAGUUCUCAUCUCCUCUCUCUCUCUCUCUCUCUCUCUCUCACAUCCCUAAACCCCACAGCUUCAAAAACCCCAAAAACUCAUUCUACAAAAAGAUCGGCCCUUUCCUACUGAUUUCGUACAAACCAGAAAUGGGCACAACAGCAAAAGCACUCUCCACCUCUCUCCUCUCUCUACCCAAAUGCCUCUAUUUCCACCGCCCCCUUUACUUCUCCCUACCAUUCCACGCUCACCGCCCUCCUCGCAGGGUACUCCUCCAUAAAUUCCGGCCACUCUGCACCGCCGCCCCCGCCGCACCGCCGGCGGUCGAAGAGGCGGAAUCGUUGCAACCCUUGAAGCAUUCGAUUCUCCUGGAACGACUCAGGCAGCGGCACCUCAAGGACUCUCCCCAGCCUUCGAAACCCACGGCUGCGGCGUCGCAGAAAGUGAGACAUGGUGUUGCCGAAAGUGAGGGUUCGAGGAGGAAGAAGGGCGGAGCGGCGGAGACGGCUUCGAGUUUCGAGGAGCUGGGUUUGAGUGUGGAAGUGAUGGCGGCGUUGGGCGAGAUGGGGAUUACGGAGCCGACGGAGAUUCAGUGUAUUGGAAUUCCCGCGGUUUUGGAUGGGAAAAGCGUGGUGUUGGGCUCGCACACUGGCUCUGGCAAGACUCUGGCUUACCUUUUGCCUCUUGUUCAGUUGCUGAGAAGGGACGAGGAUUUGCACGGUAUGCUGAUGAAGCCCAGACGCCCACGGGCUGUUGUACUGUGCCCAACGAGGGAGCUGUGUGAGCAGGUGUUCCGUGUUUCCAAGUCCAUUAGUCACCAUGCACGAUUCAGAUCAACCAUGGUAAGUGGUGGUGGGCGUAUAAAGCCUCAAGAAGAUUCCUUGAACUGCCCGAUUGACAUGGUUGUGGGGACCCCUGGCCGGGUUCUGCAACAUAUAGAAGAAGGCAAUUUGGUUUAUGGGGACAUCAGAUAUUUGGUGUUGGAUGAAGCUGACACCAUGUUUGAUCAUGGAUUUGGCCCUGACAUCCGAAAAUUUCUUGCUCCACUAAGGAGUCGUGCGUCUAAGCCUGAUGGUCUAGGAUUUCAAACAGUAUUAGUAACUGCAACAAUGACUACGGCAGUGCAAAAGCUGGUUGACGAAGAAUUUCAAGGAAUUGCUCAUCUACGUACUUCUUCACUCCAUAAGAAGAUUGCUUCUGCCCGUCAUGAUUUCGUUAAACUCUCAGGUUCUGAAAAUAAGCUGGAAGCCUUAUUACAGGUCCUUGAACCAAGUUUAGCAAAAGGGAACAGAGUGAUGGUUUUCUGCAAUACAUUGAAUUCCAGUCGAGCUGUGGAUCACUUUUUGUCUGAAAACCAAGUCUCUACGGUCAAUUACCAUGGAGAGGUUCCAGCUGAACAAAGGAUUGAGAAUCUGGAAAAGUUUAAGAGCAACGAUGGAGAUUGCCCCACUUUAGUCUGCACAGAUCUGGCUGCAAGGGGUUUGGACUUGGAUGUCGACCAUGUCAUUAUGUUCGACUUCCCCUCGAAUUCUAUCGAUUAUCUCCAUCGCACUGGAAGAACUGCUCGUAUGGGAGCAAAAGGGAAGGUGACAAGUUUGAUCGCCAGAAAGAAUUUGAUUCUGGCGAGCCGCAUCGAGGAAGCAAUAAUGAAAAACGAGAGCUUGGAAUCCCUCUCCGUUGAUAGAAUCAAAAGGGAUCUUGCUAGGUCGCACAUAAAUCAGCAGAAGGGGCAAAACGAGAAAAGGGAAAUGACCUCCAGUUUGAAAAGGAAGGCUCAACCUCAACCUCAAACCGAAGCUCGUGGCGUUGCCAAGAAAAGCUCUUUUUCCAAAUCUACAAAAGCUCCCAUGAUUUCCAAGCCUAAGAAGAAGGUGGUCAAGGUCGUCAGGACAUCAAAAUCUUCGGGAUCUAGCAGCUCGAGAGGUACGUCAUCUGGUGGGAGGAAAAAUUCAGGUGGAAGAAGCAAAGGCGGAAGCGGAGGCGGAGGCGGUGCAUCAACAUCAAAGCUAAACGUUGUAGGAUUUAGGGGGCGGAGCAGUGUGAAGGCUGCUUGAUAUCUAAUCGUUUAUCAAACCCAGUAUGCUACUUUUUCUUCAUCUACUACGAAUGGGGCAACACCUUUUCUAUAUAUAAAAAAGAAUGUUAAGAGAUA